AUGGUGUCGUUCAAGUCCCUCGGCCUCUUUGGCAUUCUCGCUGCGGCGAACCCUAUUGAACCAGGAGUUCUUGAUCGUCGUGCUAUCUCAGAAACUGAUCUCAACAACUUCAAGUUUUGGGUUCAGUAUUCGGCCGCCGCUUACUGCAACGUUAACAAUGACGCGGGAUCCUUGGUCACCUGCGGCUCAGGCCAGUGUCCCAGCGUCCAGUCAAACAGGGCCACCAUCGUUCGGACUAUUUCUGGUCCAAACUCUGGCCUCUCUGCCUUUGUGGCCGUAGAUCCCGUGCAAAAGGCUGUUGUCAUAUCUGUCAGGGGCACUAUCAACAUCCGGAACUGGAUCACCAAGUAUGACACCUCCUCGCCCAAUCACGCAAAAGCCACCCCCCCAGCCACUAACACGCACACUCAAAGCCUCAACUUUGGCUACACAGACUGCCCCUCGGGCUUCCCGUCGGGCUGCACCAUGCACUCUGGCUUCAAGCUCGCCUGGGAAGAGAUCUCCGCCUCUGUCAUUUCCUCCGUCAACAGCGCCCUGGCCAGCAAUCCUUCCUACAGAGUCGUCUCGACUGGCCACUCCCUCGGCGGUGCCGUCGCCGCAAUCGGCACUGCCCACCUCCGUCGUACCCUAUCCCGCUCUAUCGACAUCUACUCCUACGGCGCCCCCCGCAUCGGCAACUCCGUCUUCGUAGACUACCUCUCCUCCCAGUCCGGCAGCCACUUCCGCGUCACCCACGGCUCCGACCCGGUCCCGCGCCUCCCUCCUGCCUUCCUCGGCUUCCGUCACACGACCCCGGAGUACUGGAUUGCUAGCAACGCCGGCGAUGACGGCGUCUGGGGUUCUAAUGAGAUUUCUGUCUGCACCGGAACCGUUAACCUUUCUUGCAAUGGCGGUACCGUCCUCUUGGAUAUCAUUGCCCACUUGACCUACUUCCAGAGCGUUGGUGGCUGCUUUGGUGCCACUCGUAGGGAGGACGAUUUGGUCAUCUCGGAGGAGGCGCUUGCCGAGAGGCUUAAGACUCUUUCUUUGCUCGACCAGGAGUACUUCAAGAACCAUAGUGAGUGA